AUGCGCCCUACGGACCGCCGCGGCUUUACUGUCGCCAUUUUCUGCGCACUUCCAAUAGAGGCGGAUGCCGUUGUCGAGUUGUUCGAUGAAAUCUAUGACCACCAGUACGGCAAACAUUUCGGGGACACAAACUCGUAUACAGUGGGAAGAAUAUUGACACACAAUGUUGUCCUGUGCCAUAUGCCCGGAAUGGGAAAAGUAAAUGCUUCAAAUGUGGCGUCUAAUCUGACGUCCAGCUACACUGGAGUCAGUCUCGCCUUGGUUGUUGGUAUCUGUGGGGGAGUUCCUGUGCUGCCGUCCAGCGAGACUUCAAUUUAUUUAGGCGAUGUCAUCAUCAGCAAUGCGGUUGUCCAAUAUGAUUAUGGCCGACAAUACCCAAACGGUUUUCAGCGAAAGAAAGACAUCCUAGAUACACUAGCAAGGCCACCUCAAGAGAUCCGAGGCCUGCAGAGUCUAUUGGAAACAAACAGGGCACGCAAAAACCUCCAGAAUGACGUUAUCCAGUAUCUCAAGGGACUGGAACAAUCACGGUCAAUUUGGAAAUAUCCAGGCAAUACGUGCGAUGUUCUGUUUAAUGCUUCUUAUCAUCACAAGCAUCGUCAGCAGGCUGCUUCUGCGGGAUGCAUAUGUUUUGACAGCAAAAGCCCUGGUCAGAUAUGCCAGGAGGCUCAAAAGAGUAGUUGCGACAGCAUAGGGUGUGGUGAGGAGGGCAUUGCCCGUCGCCGACUUGAUAUGCAUACAACCACGCCAUCAGUUCACAUUGAAAAGAUUGCCUCUGGUGACAUGGUCAUGAAGUCUGGAGAGCAUCGUGACAGGCUGGCAAUUGGUGAUGGCGUUGCUGGCUUCGACAUGGAAGGAGCAGGGGUAUGGGAUAUAUUGCCAUGCAUCAUUAUCAAGGGCGUAUGUGACUAUGCAGAUAGCCACAAGGAUAAAAGGUGGCAAGCAUAUGCCGCAGCAACUGGCGCGUCGGGUGCAAAGGCUCUCUUGCGGCAUUGGAGUCCUGCCUCCAAUGAAGGUACAAAGCCAAAAAGUCCUCACUGGAUGGUCCCUUUUGGCAGGAAUUUCCAAUUUGUUGGGCGUCAGGAUGAGAUUGCGGAGCUAGAAAGAUUGAUAAUAGAACGGCAAGGCCCAAACAAGAUCGCGAUUAGCGGAUUGGGAGGGGUUGGAAAGACCCACGUAGCACUGGAGCUGGCUUAUCGUGUUCGAGAAAGAGAUGUUGACUGCUCGGUUUUCUGGAUCCCAUGUACUAGUCCUGAAAUCAUUGAGCAGACUUACAUGGACAUCGCCCAGAUGCUUGGAAUGCAAGAUGUCAAACCAGCAGAAGCAAAAGAGCAAGUCAAGGCAUAUCUUCGUCAUAAGGACGAUCUGAAGUGGCUUCUUAUCUUCGACAACGCAGAUGAUAUGGAUAUGUGGACCAAGGGGAGCAAUGGGGCUCCAGCACUGAAGGACCUUAUACCUCAAAGUGAACAAGGUCGAAUCCUCUUUACUACUCGCAAUAGAAAGCUUGCUGUAAAGCUGGCCUCCCGUGAAAUUGCGAUCUCCGAGGUAGAUGAGGAGACUGGUGUGAAGAUGCUAGAAACGGCACUGCCUGGGGAAGACGUGAUAAAAGACCGCGAAACCGCCGUGGCCCUUUUGAGUCAGCUGACCUUCCUGCCCUUAGCAAUCAUGCAAGCAGCGGCAUUCAUCAAGGAAAACAGCAUCAGCCUUGGAGACUAUCUAACUCUGCUACAGGAGCAGGAACCAGAGGUGGUGGAGCUUCUAAGCGAAGAUUUUGAGACAGAAGGGCGUUAUCAGGAUGUCCCCAACCCGGUAGCAACCACCUGGUUAGUUUCAUUUCAGCAAAUCCAGCAGAUUGAUCCACUGGCUGCUGAGUAUCUCUCAUUCAUGGCUUGCGUCAACCCACGAAAUAUACCACAGUCCCUCUUGCCACCAGCAAAGUCCAAGUUAAAGCUGGUGAACGCCCUAGGGCUUCUCAGUGCUUAUUCAUUUAUUUCUGGCCAAGCCAGGGAUAGCCCUCUUAACCUUCAUCGACUUGUACAUCUAGCGACUCGCAACUGGAUGAGGAGAAACCAGCAAUUCACGUUAUUUAUCUGCAAAACAGCAGACCGGUUAAGCGAAGUCUUCCCCAAUAAUAACCACACAAAUCGGAUUCUGUGGCGGACAUAUUUACCCCAUGCAUUAUCUUUGUUAGAAGAGGAUGAGUUUAGAGGUCAGCAAGAACAAUACAUAGGCUUGCUUGAAAAAGUUGGGGACUGUCUGUUCAGUGACGGGAGAUAUAAUGAGGCAGAAGCGCCGUUUUGCGACGUCAGGGACAUACGGGAGAAGCGAAAUGGGGAAGCACGCCUUUCAACUUUGACCAGCAUGAGCAAAUUAGCAUCAGCAUACUUUGGCCAAGGUCGAUACACGGAAGCGGAGGCGCUCAAUAUUCGUGUGUUAGAGACCAGAAACCAGAUACUGGGUCCAGAGCACCCUGAUACCCUGACCACUAUGACUAGCCUAGCAGCAAUAAGCCAUCAGCAAGGACACUUUAAACACGCAGAAGAGCUCAUGGUGAAGGUACUGGACAGUCAGAAUAGAGUGCUAGGUUCUGAACACCCCUCGACUCUGGCCAAUACAUCGAAACUGGCAUCAGUUUAUAUGAUGCAGGGACGAUAUAGACAAGCUGAAGAGCUGUUUACGCAAACAAUGGAGAGAAUGAAGAAGAUGAAAGUGUUCGGCCCCAGACAUCCAACAACCCUGAUCGGCAUGAAUAACCUGGCGUUGACAUACUGGUACCAAGAAAAAUGGCAGCAAGCAGAAGAGCUCGGGACAGAAGUAAUGGAGGCCAAAAGGCAACUGCUUGGAUCGGAACAUCCAUACACUCUGACCAGUAUGAAUAACCUAGCAAUGACAUAUUCCCAGCAGGCCAAAUGGGGACAGGCAGAGGAGCUGAUGACCCAGACACUGGAAAGCCAGAAGAAUGCAUUAGGCUCCGAGCAUGUUGACACGAUAACCAGCAUGUUUAACCUCGCUCAUAUUUGGAGACAAACAGGCAGACACAGCGAUUCCAUUCGAUCCCUGGCUGAUUAUCAUUCUCAAGCCACGUCCGCAAUUAGCCAUCGCCUUGCCUUCUGGCGUUGA